AUGCCGGUUGGGGAAUUUAUGCCCAACGGUCUAGGUACCGAUCCGCCCUUGACGUCGGACGACCCUACGCUUGGUUACAAAUUGUUCCACGUCAUGUUACGCAUCCGAGACCCUGUGCAAUCUUUACACUUCUAUAUCGACCUGAUGGGAAUGCGAACAGUUUUCACUAUGGACACCGGCCCCUUUACGAUUUACUAUCUUGGUUACCCUCAAACGGACGAACAUCGGGCAGAUCUUGGUAAAUUUGGCCGUGAUACUCUAGCUCAGUUGGCCUAUACCCCUGGACUUAUUGAGUUGUACCAUGUACACGGGUCAGAAAAUGAGCCUGAGGGCUACUACAGUACUGGAAACCAACCACCGAAUCUGGGCCUCGGACAUAUCGGGUUCUCUGUACCUGAUGUUCCCCUCGCCGUUGAACGCUUGAGGAAUCACGGUGUUGAGGUGCUGAAAGAAUUAGGUGCUGUCAGUCGAGAAGAUGUGCCAUUAAGCCAAUGGGAAGCUGGAAAGAAAAUUGGACUGGGUGAUCUUCAUCCUGCUUACCAGCAUGUAUUUGGACAGAUUGCAUUCGUGAAAGAUCCGGACGGAUAUACUGUCGAAUUGGUUCCCCAGAAACUUCGAGAAUAA